AGAAAGGAGAGUGGGCACUGGUCUCGAUGGAGUCGACCACGGGAGACAGCACGGUGCAAAGCAGCCCCUCGAUGCGUGAAGCGUCCACCUCGUCCGAUGCCGCAACGUCGGGAGUUGUGCAAAUGGCGAUUGACGUGACGCAAGUCGCUCCUGCGGGAAAUGCAUCGUCCGUGAUCGCCCUCAAUGUGAAAACAGUCGACCAACGCCAGUUUCAGAUCAACCUACUCGCGUCGUCGUCGGUGCCGCAGCUCAAGACCAAGAUCGAGCAUGAAACAGGUGUUGUCACGGAUCGGCAACGGCUCAUCUUUCGCGGGAAGGUACUGAAGAACGAAAACAACCUGGCGCACUACGCGUUGGAGAACGGGCACACCUUGCACCUGGUGAUUCGACCAGCAGACGCGAGUCCUAUGGCUGCAAGCAAUACACCUUCUACAAUCACCCCACCACCUCAAGGAAAUCAAGGCAAUGCAUGGGCUGUGUCAGCUAAUCCUUCGUCGAGCCCAACGCCGAACGUCCCUCGAAGUCAUGAACCCCGGUCAAACGACGAUCCCGACCCAACUUUGGUAAACCCAGACGUCAGUAACAACAUUGGCGCCCCACGAGUAAUGGCGACGUUCGAAGUUCCCGAAGGCGCUCACAGCGUUCCCCUUCUCCAAUCCAUCCUCUCGACCAUCAUGAACUCUGUCCAGGGCCUCGCAAACAACGAAGGAGCCCAACCGACAGCCCAAACGACAGCAGCAGCGUCUACAACCCUCAGCAGCCCGCAGGGUGCAUCGCCGUCAUCAUCAAUUGCAACACCUCGUUCAGUCCAAGUGGAUUCGCUGCUGUCGGAUCCACCAGUACGAAAUUCCACGAUGGAGCGUGUGCUCCAGCGUGUUCAAAGUAACUCUUCUCGCCAAGGGCGCAACGCACGGGUGGAUGCGCUGCUCACCAGCUUGACCCGUUUGCUUUCGCGUCCAGACUCGGCAUUUCCUUCUACCAUCCAUGACGUGACUCAUCCAACAUACGAAGAAGGCAUUCAAGCCUUUCGAACUCAAGUUGAAACGCUGGUGUCGUUGAUGACCCAGCUCCAACCGCGCUUCGACCGGCUUCCCGUUGCGUUGCAAGAAUUGCACCACCGCAACGGCAACCGACCGUCGCAAAUCGAGUUGGUGAAUCCCAUUUUUCGGACGAUCGAGGGGCUGCAGUCGAUGGGGGAGGUCGCCGUGUUGCUUGCACGUAUAUGUCGCCGUCUGCUCUUGAGACACAACAGCUCAUCGACGGCCAGUCCAUCGGUGGAUUCAAGUCCCACAACUACGAACUGGGCACGACCCCCAUCCGAGGCACCGCCGUCUACUGCGCUGUCGUCCUCUGGAGCUCACUCGUCGUCGCCGCCUAGUGCCCAAGGCAAUCUCGGCGACUUUCUGGAACAACAACUUCGGCGCUCAGACUCCUUCAGUACCCUGCUGGCCGAGAUGCGUCAGUUUGGCAAUGUCACGACGUCCCCAUCGACGUCGGGAGAUGGCAACGGUAUUGAAUUCGAAGCGACGAUCCCUAUCUUGAUUUACCCCACGCAACAAGGCGCUUUGCCGUCCCAGCCGCCGACUGGCCGUCGGUGGGACUUUGAAUCGUUUGGACAGCAUGUGGUUCAAACGUUGUCGGCCGUGGACCUGUUUGGUGUGCUCGCCGGCUCCCGCGACGCGUUGCUUCGUUUCGUCCAGCACGUCGGUGUCCAAAUGAUUGAUGGAAACGCCUUGCCUUCGAUGGCCCCAGGUACGAACCGCGACUGGAGCAACCAGAUGAUGUCUGCGUUCCGAGACUACGUGGACUCGCUGCCUCGCUUCAAUCAUCCCAUGGUGCCGCCGUCGACAAAUUUGAUGGCGCGGAUUGUGCAAUCCAUGUCGCCAUUUGCUGCCGAACUCGUGGUUUUUUUUAUUCGGGGAACGAAUGUCGAACCGGCCAACGCAGCGUCGUUCCUCGACAGUUUCUGUACUUUUGUCGGGCACAUGACUCGGCAAGUGGUGGCGGACAUGCUUGCGCUCCUCUCGGUCCCGUCGGCACUCGAACGUGUCCUGGAAGACCUCCUGACUCACUUGGGCGUCGCCGUCACCACUGCGCGCUUUGUCGUGCAAGCAUUUGUGACAGUGCCUGGUGUCCAGACCGCCAUGGCAUCCAUCCCAAGCCAGCAGCAUGCGUCGGCACGGCGACCGACCCCCGACCCCGAAGGCGACGGUCCAGCGCUGAAACGAUCCCGGCAAGAGUAGUGGUAGGACAAAUGAAACAAACUCCGUCUCGAUAUUGCCCAGACAUCGCGUUGCAGAUGAUAAUUUAUUUUUAUAGUCGUGA